CGCGUCGGGGCGGCAUUACUGACCACCUCCGAUGAGGUGAUCACAGGGUGUAAUGUUGAGAACGCGGCUUUCACUCCUGGAACAUGCGCAGAGCGGACUGCGUUUGCGAAAGCGGUUAGCGAAGGGAAAACCAAAUUCAAAGCAUUGGCGGUUGCCACUGAUAUAGACGGCCCUUGCUCACCUUGUGGUGUCUGUCGCCAAUUUGCCCGAGAAUUCUGCCAACUGGAAAUGCCGAUUUACAUGGCAUCGGCUUCGUUUCGCGCGGCGGAAGAUUUGAAGACAAAGGUGACCAUCAAGACUUUGGGAGAGCUUUUGCCAAUGAGCUUUGGUCCCGAAGACCUCAGCCGGCCUUCGGAAUGA